GGGCUCCCCCCCGGGUUGACGAAACCGCCGUGGCUGCGUCAACGCGCGCCCGGCGGCGAGCGGUUCGAGUACCUCUCCGAGGGCCUCCGCGGCUUAAAACUCGCCACCGUGUGCGAGGAAGCGAUGUGCCCGAACCUCGGCGAGUGCUGGAACGGCGACACCGGCACGGCGACGAUCAUGAUCCUCGGCGACACGUGCACCAGAGGGUGCAGGUUCUGCGCGGUGAACACAGCGUCGACGCCGCCGCCGCCGGACCCGGACGAGCCGGAGAACACCGCGAAGGCGAUCGCGGAGUGGGGCGUGGGGUACAUCGUGUUGACGUCCGUGGACAGGGACGACAUCGAGGACGGCGGCAGCGAGCACUUCGCGCGGACGGUGCGGACGCUGAAGGCGUUGCGGCCGGACAUUUUGUGCGAGUGCCUCGUCCCGGAUUUCCGCGGCGACGCGGCGGCGGUGUCGCACCUCGCGCGAAGCGGCUUAGACGUCUUCGCGCACAACGUCGAGACCGUGGAGCGCCUUCAGAAGCGCGUCAGGGACCCGCGCGCGGGGUACGAGCAGUCGUUGAACGUGUUGAGAGAAGCGAAGGUCGCGAAGCCGGGCCUCACGACCAAAACCUCCGUCAUGCUCGGCUUGGGCGAGACGGAUGAAGAGAUCGAGCGCGUCAUGCGCGACUGCAAGGACGCGGGCGUGGACAUCUUCACGUUGGGGCAGUACUUGCGCCCCACGGAGAAGCAUCUCCCGGUGAAGGCGUACGUCACGCCUGAGAAGUUCGAGACGUGGAAGAAAUACGGCGAGGAGGUGGUCGGGUUUCGAUACGUCGCGUCGGGGCCGCUCGUGCGGAGUUCGUACAAGGCUGGGGAAUUUUUCAUCGAGAGCAUGUUGAGGGAG